CCCCCCCCGCGGCCAUGGCCGGUUGCUUCUGCCGGGCGUCGCUGCGCUGAGGAGGUGCAGCCUUGCCCCUCUUGCCAUGAGGAAAGGCCGCUCACGGGGGGAUAAAGCUGGGCCCUCGGCGCUCCAGGCCCCCAGAAGGCUGGAGCAACCCGCCCGAGCCCCCAUGGAUGCCACCGAGAGAAGAACUUCCCCAGCGGCUGGCGGUAGGAGAGAUACUGAAGCGGGUCACGGUAGCGCCGCCUGCAGGGAACCGCCCGAGAAGGAUGUUACAGCAGAACCAAUUUCUUUGCGAUGCAGAAAGCUCAGUAACCCUGACAUUUUUUCAUCAAAUGGGAAAAGUAAACUUCAUCGUCAACUGAGCCAAGAUGACUGCAAGCUGCGAAGGGGUAGUUUAGCCAGUUCUUUGUCAGGAAAGCAGUUGCUUCCUUUAUCUACUAGUAUGCACAGUGGAGUGGGGCACUCAUCAUGGCAGUCAGCUGGAGAGCCUUCCAAUUUGGUCCGCAUGCGAAACCAGUCACUGGGACAGUCUGCUCCGUCUCUUACAGCUGGUUUGAAGGAACUCAGUCUCCCUAGAAGAGGAAGUUUCUGUCGAACCAGUAAUAGAAAGAGUUUGAUUGUGACUUCCAGCACAUCUCCAACACUUCCACGGCCACACUCUCCACUUCAUGGGCAUGCAGGUGGAAGCCCAUUGGACAGUCCCAGAAAUUUCUCCCCAAGUGCACCUUCUCACUUUUCCUUUGUUCCUGCCCGUAGCCAUGGACACAGGGCAGACAGGACAGAUGGCCGUCGCUGGUCCUUGGCUUCCCUUCCUUCAUCUGGAUAUGGAACAAACACUCCUAGUUCAACUGUUUCAUCAUCAUGCUCAUCUCAGGAGAAGCUGCACCAAUUGCCUUUUCAGCCAACAGCAGAUGAACUUCAUUUCCUGACAAAGCAUUUCAGCACAGAGAGCAUCACUGAUGAGGAAGGACGACAGUCUCCAGCCAUGCGCCCCCGAUCUCGCAGCCUCAGUCCUGGCCGUUCUCCUGUGUCCUUUGAUAGUGAAAUAGUAAUGAUGAACCAUGUAUAUAAAGAAAGAUUUCCAAAGGCCACGGCCCAGAUGGAGGAACGGCUGACUGAGUUUAUUAUAUCUAAUGCACCAGAGAAUGUGCUGCAACUAGCUGAUGGGGUCCUAAGCUUUAUUCAUCAUCAAGUUAUUGAGUUGGCCAGAGACUGUCUGGAUAAAUCACGUGAAGGACUAAUUACUUCUCGGUACUUUUAUGAGUUGCAGGAAAACCUUGAAAAACUCCUACAAGAUGCCCAUGAACGAUCAGAGAGCUCAGAGGUGGCGUUUGUUACCCAGCUGGUGAAAAAGUUAAUGAUUAUCAUUGCACGGCCUGCGCGCCUGUUAGAAUGCUUGGAGUUUGAUCCAGAAGAGUUCUACCAUUUGCUAGAAGCUGCUGAAGGCCAUGCCAGGGAAGGGGAAGGAAUUAAAUGUGACAUCCCUCGUUAUAUUAUAUGCCAGCUGGGCCUUACCCGGGAUCCCCUGGAGGAAAUGGCCCAGUUGAAUAGCUAUGAUAGUCCAGAUACUCCAGAGACAGAUGAUUCUGCUGAGGUAAAGAAUCGUGGAGCCCAUGUGCAAGCAAAGAAAACUCCUUCUGAAGAGGAAUUUGAAACCAUUAAGCUAAUCAGCAAUGGGGCUUAUGGGGCAGUGUUCUUGGUGCGCCACAAGAGUACCCGCCAGCGCUUUGCAAUGAAAAAGAUCAACAAGCAGAACCUCAUUCUGAGAAACCAGAUACAGCAAGCUUUUGUGGAGAGAGACAUCCUAACAUUUGCAGAAAACCCCUUUGUAGUCAGCAUGUUCUGCUCCUUCGAGACAAAACGCCACCUGUGCAUGGUCAUGGAAUAUGUGGAAGGAGGAGAUUGUGCAACUCUCUUGAAGAAUAUUGGUGCUUUACCUGUUGAUAUGGCAAGGAUGUAUUUUGCAGAAACUGUGCUGGCAUUGGAAUACCUCCACAAUUAUGGCAUCGUUCACCGUGACCUAAAGCCUGACAAUCUUCUGAUAACAUCAAUGGGUCAUAUCAAGCUAACGGAUUUUGGCCUUUCUAAAAUUGGCUUAAUGAGUUUGACAACAAACCUGUAUGAGGGACAUAUUGAGAAAGAUACUAGAGAAUUCUUGGAUAAGCAGGUGUGUGGGACUCCAGAAUACAUUGCCCCAGAAGUGAUCUUGAGGCAGGGUUAUGGCAAGCCUGUGGACUGGUGGGCCAUGGGAGUUAUCCUGUAUGAGUUUCUAGUUGGCUGUGUUCCUUUUUUUGGUGACACACCAGAAGAGUUAUUUGGGCAAGUUAUCAGUGAUGUAAUUGUCUGGCCAGAAGGAGAUGAAGCUUUACCACCAGAUGCACAAGACCUCAUUGGUAAACUUCUCUACCAAAACCCUCUGGAAAGAUUGGGAACAGGUAGUGCUUUUGAGGUGAAACAACAUAAGUUCUUUAAGAACUUAGACUGGAAUGGAUUACUGAGACAAAAAGCAGAAUUUAUUCCACAGCUAGAAUCAGAAGAUGACACAAGCUAUUUUGACACACGUUCUGAGCGAUACCAGCAUUUAGAUUCUGAGGAAGAAGAAGAAACAAAUUAUGAUGAUCAUGUGGAAAUUAGGCAAUUUUCCUCGUGUUCACCAAGGUUUAGUAAGGUAUAUAGCAGCAUGGAACGUCUUUCCAUCCAUGAAGAGAGGAAAACACCACCUCCCACCAAGCGCAGCUUGAGUGAAGAGAAGGAUGAUAGACUGGACAACCUUGCUGGCCUGAAGAGUCGAGACCGCAGCUGGGUGAUUGGGUCACCUGAAAUAUUACGUAAACACCUCUCAGUAUCCGAAUCCUCUCACACAGAGAGUGACUCCAGCCCACCAUUGACUGUCCGUCGACGUUGUUCAGUGCUUUUCGACAUGCCCCGCUUUGCCAUUUCAGCUGAGGAGGAGGGAAAAAAGAAACAGUUGGAUGGGAUACCACUCCCUAUUGCACAGCCACGAGAAGGACUUCCUCUACAAAUUCCAGAACAGCCUGUAGAACGAGAACUCCAAUUAGAUGAUGAUGAUGGAUUAAAAACACCUUCUUCUACUGUCAGUAAUGUGAGCAGCUCAACAUUGACAGCUGGGAGCACUGCAGACUUAUCAGAUCAACGCACUCGCAGUAAUAGCAAUGAAGGACCAGAAUUUACUGCUCCCAGAGCCACAAGUGAUUUGGCAGUGCGGCGAGCUCGCCAUAGGCUACUCUCUGGGGAGUCAGGGGAAAAACGAACUUCACGGCCUGUCAAUAAAGUGAUUAAGUCAGCAUCAGCCACAACCCUCUCCCUCCUGAUUCCAUCAGAACAUCACACAUGUUCCCCGUUGGCUAGCCCAAUGUCACCUCAUUCCCUCUCCUCCAACCCAUCUUCGAGGGAUUCCUCUCCUAGUCGAGAAUUUUCUCCUGCUGUAAUAAACCCCAAACCGCCAAUCAUCAUCCACCGAGCUGGGAAGAAAUAUGGCUUCACACUUCGUGCAAUCAGAGUCUACAUGGGAAACAGUGAUAUCUACACAGUGCAUCAUGUGGUCUGGCACGUGGAAGAAGGUGGCCCUGCGAGUGAGGCAGGUCUGAGAGAAGGAGACUUGAUAACCCAUGUUAAUGGAGAGCCUGUCCAUGGAUUAGUGCAUACUGAAGUGGUGGAAUUGAUCCUGAAGAGUGGCAGUAAGGUAUCCAUAUCAACUACGCCCUUUGAGAACACAUCAAUCAAAAUAGGGCCAGCUCGAAAGGCCAGUUAUAAAUCCAAGAUGGCUCGAAGGAACAAGAAAAGCAAAACCAAAGAUGGGCAGGAUAGUAAGAAGAAGAGCUCUCUAUUCAGGAAGAUUACCAAGCAGGCUUCUCUGCUGCACACCAGCAGGAGUUUAUCUUCACUCAACCGUUCUCUGUCCUCUGGGGAAAGUGUCCCAGGUUCACCUACUCACAAUCUCUCCCCUCGUUCACCUACACAGAGUUACCGAUCUACUCCUGAGUCUGGACAUUCAGUUGGUGGAAAUUCUUCUCAAAGUAGUUCACCUAGUUCCAGUGUUCCUAACUCUCCUGCCAGCUCAGGACAUAUCCGACCUAGCUCUUUGCAUGGGCUAGCACCAAAGCUUCAACGACAAUAUCGAUCCCCAAGACGUAAAUCCGCAGGAAACAUUCCACUUUCACCACUUGCUCACACUCCUUCACCAACCCCACAGUCCACUUCACCUCAGCGAUCUCCUUCUCCUUUACCAGGGCAUUCACUUGGCAGUUCAAAUAUCAUGCAGUCUUUCCCUGUAAAGUUACAUUCUUCCCCACCUCUGGUCCGACAGAUUUCAAGGCCCAAGAGUGCUGAGCCUCCAAGAUCCCCUCUGCUGAAGAGAGUCCAGUCAGCUGAGAAGCUGACCUCUUCUCUGUCCUCAGAAAAAAAGCUGUCCUCUUCACGUAAGCACAGUUUGGAUAUUUCCUAUUCUGAAUUAAAGAAGGAGAUGCUCCAGAGAGACCCAGGUCUCCAAAGUUGGCAGGAAUCAGUGAAUGAAGCUAUAGGAGGUAAAGUUGGACUUGCAGAAAAAGGUACAUUGCAGAAACCUUCCAGGAAACUGGGUACCAUUCGGCAAGACAGGGUGGAGAGAAGGGAGUCUUUGCAAAAGCAGGAGGCCAUCACAGAGGUAGAUUCUUCUGAAGAUGAAACUGAUGAAGGGUCAGAAGAUAGUCAAGAUGGGAAAAGAUUGGACAGGCCUCCUUUCAGCAGAGACCACCACACUGCUGAUCCUUUUGUUGCAGAUGAAAAAAAGCAUUCUUCAGAUUUGGAAAGCAAAGAUAGUAUAGAAGAUGAUGCCUUUCUUCCUGAGGAACAAAAAACUGAAAAUUUACAGGAAGGGACAAAUCAGCAACAACCAAAAGAUGUUGCAAGGUCACUGCAUACUGUCACAGAUGAGUCACAACCUAUGGUUUGUAUAAGAAUUUCUCCCAUAGGACAAUGUGGUGGCUGUGAAACAGUUGAAAUAUCUGGAACCUCAGCAAAGUCUUUACGAGGCAAUAUCCCCAAACUUGUUUGUCUAAAAGGUACCAGUUUUGAAAACACUAAAGAUUCAAAGGAAACUCAGAUUAUUCAGAAAAGCAUAGACUGUCCAAAGCAGGUGAAGUGCCUCCCAGUGGGACUCCUACAGCUUGGUCAAGAUGAUUGCUCAGGGUUGGCAAGUCGCAAAAAUAAUUUGAAGGAAUCUGAUUCCUCAGAAACCACUUUUGCAUUGUCUGAAGAUACUAAUUCUUCAUUAGCACUUUCUUGUUCUUGCAUAACUGGCAUAAGCGCUCUUCCACUAGUAAGCCAAAUGGACUGCAAAGGUACAUUUCAGAAGCAAGAACUCCAGUCUACCAAGGACAGAAUCAGUAUUCCAAAUCUGGCAAAUACUAGCAAAAUUUCUGCACAAAAGUCUCCUCCUCCUGAAGAACGGCCAGGGUUGUCCUCUGCAGAGGAAGUUUCAAAACUUACAAGUCAGGCAAGCAAUAAGAACCAGAGUCUGUGAUGCCCCACAAGUGCUCCAAUUCCCAUGCUUGGUGCCCCAGUGGAAAGUAGAAAAGCAGACUAGUGAGGUAAUUUUAAAAUGGGUGCAAAAGGUAUAUUGGACAUACUGAAUUUUAGCAUGUCUGGUUCAAAGAUAUUAGAAAAAACAAGUGAAGACUUCCCUCAGGAGUUGUUUUAUGCAGAAGAGUGUGUGUCAAAGCAACCAACGCUGAAGACAUUAGAGGAAAGUUCAAGGGCCAGAAACAGCCAAAGCUUUCAGCAUACUUGGUCUCAGUAAAAUGUGUGGUUGCUACAUAGAGUCAGAAAACCCAGUAGUGUCUUGGAAUCUAGUGUGUGCAAUGGGAGCGAAAGAAAAGCAAGGUCUUUUGGCACCUGAAACUUUGGAGAAUAGGUGGCAAGCACCUUCAUUUGAAGAUCAGCCACAUGGCAUUACAAAGCUGAACAUGAAAGUGUCUUUGGGACCAGAUAAUACUGUGAGCCCCUAAGGAGACUGCUCCAUUGCCAGGAAAAACCAGAGACUGGAGAUCAAUCACAAGGAAAGAUGUUCUGUUGUCAGAAAGCAGUGAUGUGAAGAAAACAUAGCAGCGUCUCUGUAUUCUGAAAUAAAGACAGCACUAGUAGAACACAAAUUUAAAACAGAAAACUUGUACAUCUUAUUUUUUGUAGAUUUGUUUUUCAUACACUUGCCUUUUUCAUUUUUGCAAUUCUAUUUUUGUACACGUUUGCCAUUUAAUGCAUCUUCACAGGCUAUCUUUAAGCAAGAUUACAAAAUAGUUUGUGAACUUCCCACCUGGUUUCCUCCCACCCCCCCACCCACCCCACCCCCGAUAUUGGAGCAUCCUAUUCAUUUUCCCCCUUGAAUAGUUUGCGUUGCCUUCAAAAUUCCUGAGAACUACAUUUGAAAAAUAAGGCAGCUCGCUUGAAAGAUGCCACGUUUUGACCAAUUUUGAUUUUUAGUCCUUGAUUCCAAAUUUUUAGAUAAUUCAAUACAUCCUUAAUGGCUGACUCUUCUGAAAUUCUUAUCAUAUUACAUAUCAUACAUUAUUCUACCUAAGAGGGUAACUUCAUAGACCACCUUGUGCAGUAGAACUGUAUUCUUUUAAAAAGAUAAACUUUAAAAUCUUUUUUCAGUUGAAAUGCCCGGAAAACAAAAAAACUUCUCUUGCUUUUUCUAUUAUUUUAUGUUGUUUUGUUAUGUUGUUUUAAAAGUGUGAUCUUCUGCCUUUAAUACUGGUGCCUUAUCGCCUUUGUUCAGAAUGGGCAAUAAUCUAAAAAGAGGCUCUGGAUGCUUAAAUUACUAUAACUGCUAGUGCAAAGUAGACAAGGUACCAGGAUGAUUUCUCAACCAAGCAUUUCAAAUUGGUAAAAAGCUGAUGGGCCUUCUUAUUCAGAAGAGAGUGUGUAUGGAUUUAACCCUUUCUCAGCAUGCCAUUUCCAGUCUCUUUGGAGGUGCUGUUUGCUCCACUGCAGGCCUACAUGUCACCUGCACAUUUUCCCAAUAGCAUCAAUAGUAACUCCCAAGUGGGCAUUUGAAGUCAAGCAAAAGUUCAACACAUACAGUGUCACAGCCCUCAUAUAGGUUGGUCCUCACAGAUGCUCAUCAGUGAAAAAUACUUGAUCCCAUAAUGGUUCUCCCAGCAGCUCACCUAGUUCAGCUGUUUGGAGAAAAGCAGCAUCCUAGCCUGGUCGGAGACUUUGCUGGAGGAAGUGAGCUUUUGAGACCUCUACCCCAUCCUGCCUUGUGUACCUAUGUUGCUAUGGAAACAAUCAGUAUCCAGCAAAAGUUCUCAUUGGUGGGAAUUAAUCUUCACUGCUUCAUAAGGGAAAGUGGAUGCUUAAGUGAAAUAGUUCUGUUAUCUACAAUGCCACUUUCCUAAGUGUAAGCAUUCUGUAAAGUGGCCCCUGAAUUGCAUAGGUGAACUAUAAACAAUAUGAACCAGAUCCCUUUCUGCAGUUUAAGCUAUUUAUGAUUUUUCAAAAUGCUUACAUUUUUAAAGUAACUUUUUGAAUGUUCUGUGUUGUCUGACACCCUCUGUAGUUCUUGUGUUUUUAAUGCCAGCUAGCACUAUAACAAUGCACUGAUCAAUACACAGCAAAACAAUAGCUGAAGUAUUAUAAUUCUGUUGCUUAUUGAAUCUAAUUUAUUGCUUAUGGGAAAACAUUGGCUACUUCCAUAAACCUCAAAAUCUUGGGAAUUUAACUUACAGCCAGGCCUAAUGGAAUACUGUAUGUCUGAGCACAGAAAGUAAUUAUUUAUAAAGUUUGCUGAUCUGCAUAGAUAGGAAGGUGAUUGUAUGGUGACUUUAAUAGCCCUCCAGGGGAAGCACUGUAGUUAAUUACAAUGUAGCUUCAUUAUACUGCCAUGUGUUCUGAUACAAAGGCUCUUCCUGCCCAAUAUCUCCUUAUGUAUUUUUUCAAAAGGAACAUGUUCUUACAAUCAUUCAUAACUCACAGUGAUCACAUUUCAAGUGUCUGUGUUUAUUGCCUAGUUUCUUCCCUGAUGUUCCUCCCCCUCUCCCCGUAAGUUUACCCAAUUCUCGAAUCUUUGGCUGCAGUUCUGGACCAAGUUAUUUUUAGAUUUGCUGUUCUUUUUAUAUUAAUCACUGUUUACUGGGUGUGUGUCUGUGAGAGAGAAAAUAAAAUGGAAUGAGGUGUGCCUUCAAGUUACAACACUAUAACUUAAGGUCUAUUGGCUUUCUCCUAUAAUAACUCAAAGUUUCAGUAGUGAAAAAUUUUCCAUGAAUAUUUCUCACUACUUCAUUAUGUGAUAUGCUAAUAUCCUUCACCUUGCCACCAGUGCAGAAACUCUAACUUUAAGCAAGGGAAUCUUUAAUAAAUCAUUAAGUUUCCUUCCAUCCAGCCAGAUCUGUCUCUUGCCAGCCUUUGCUGCAUUGUCCUUGAGACAAAGGUAAUUGAGGCAUCAGUACACUUUUAAAUUUUGGAUAAAUGAAUUGCUACAGCUAAUAUGGGCUGAUGCCAGAGCUACUUAGAAAUACAUUAACUUGAAUACCAUAAAAUAUUAAAUGUCAUGAUUUCCAUUGUAUAAAUUUGAGUCCUGGAAUAAAUAAUGUAGCUUCAAACAUAUUUUACAACAUUUGUAUACAUAAAGGCAACCAAAGGUUUGUAUCUUUAGUUUAGCCAAAUAAAACAUAUUAGGCCACCUCAUGUGUAUAUUAUAGAUGCCACUUAAAUGAUGCCUUUUAGAUAUGCUUCUUCCCAUUACCACUUACUAGGAAAGUUCUGUUACUGUUAACGCUUCUGGAAUCCUUUGUUUCAAAGAGAUCUGACAAUCAUGAGGUUUCCAAAGGCAAUAUUAUGAUCUUACACACUUAAGUAUUAUCAGGAGGUGGUAUGAAAGGAUGAAGUUGAAUUAAUGUUAGAAUGAUGAGGGGUAGGUGUUAGUGUAAGUUUUUAAAGUUCGGAUAGGAUCCACUCUAUAAAUAUACUGCACAUCCAGCUAGCAUAAAAUUCUCAUUUUUACUCAGUGAAUGAAAGUGAUCAGAGAAUUGUAUAGGUUAUGAGAUAUGUGUAGCUAUCCAAGCAUUUUGCUUUCCCAGUUUCUCUUCUUUUAGUUUGAAUGCAUAUUUAGACUUUACCUUUUCUUUUGCUCAUGCAACCUUUAAAAUUUUGGUAUCUGGUUGAUGGAACUCCUCAACAAUAAUUCACACCAUUAAAUGGUGCAUCUAAAAUCACCAAAUUGAUAUUUAGUGUAAAUAUUAGAUUUUUCUGUUGUUAAAAACCACUCCUAUGGAAGGAUUUCCAAGAUCUUUUAGUGUUCAUUAUGGUACAAAAUAAGACUCGCCAAGAAGCAGGGUAAGAGGAAACAACCUGUAUGCUUUUUCCUCAUUAGCACUGAAUUAAGGUGUGAUUUGGAUUUGCUUCUUUUUUUUUUCUUCUGUGAGAAGAGGAUGAAGUCUUUCUCUGGUUUUAUCUUACUGGACGUGAAGGAUGAUGCCGUACUUCUAGUAAAUGAUUUUACAGCUCUCUCUGUGUUGUUUACAUUGUAUUUUUGUUUGUUAUUGUUCUGGAGGCUGGGAACACAGCUUUCAGACUUAGUUUCAAUUCAUGCUAGUGCCAUUUAGCACUUGACUAGCAGAGAGGAUUAUGUGGGAUGUGUUAUUAGAAACUUGAACAACUGUCACAUAAUAGAGGUGCAAUAAUUUUUAGUCAUAUUGUACCUGCAUGUUGAUGUUCAAAUAUUACUCUGAAAUACACUUCAUUUUUUUAAACCUG